GGACUUAGAGGUUAUGGGGAAAACAGCGUGUGUGUGAGAAGCUGUCAGUCAGUGGCCUGAGAAAUGGCGCAGUCGUAGCUGCCCGGUUAUCCCCGGCGUUCAGAUAACACACACACACACACACACACAUAUAUAUAUAUAUAUAUAUACACACACGCGCGCGCAGGAUAGAAGGAAAGACACUGCCAACUCCGGCCUCGUGGUAACCAUGGGCCACGGUGUGGGCUGAGGAUCCGGAGGGCUUUACACACACCUACUGCUUCCACGUCUGUGUAUGACAUGGCCACGGCCCCAUCCAGAUCAGACUGUCGCAAUAACCACGGAAGGACGACUCAGCUCCAUGCCAUCGUUCUGUGCGCCAAACUCAAGCGGAAGAAGAACUGGUUCGGUGCGACCGUUUACGUGGAGGUGACGGCGGAAGGAGAGAGCAGGAAGACAUCUAAGUCUCACAACCCCUCCAGUCCCAAGUGGGACGAUCGCCUCACCCUGAAUGUAACACCACACUCGCAGUUGGAGUUUAAAGUAUGGACCCAUCACACUUUAAAGGCAGAUGCUCUGCUAGGGAAAGCCACUCUGGACCUGCGCCAAGCCCUAGAGCAACACGACAGGAAACUUGAAAACGUCAAGGAGGUCCUGAAGCUGACUCUGGAGAACAAAAACGGUGUGGUGUCCUCCGGAGAGCUCACGGUCAUCCUGGAUGGUCUCGCCGUUGACCAGGAGCCUCUACACAACGGAAACGCCGCCACUACAACCAAAGUUCAGCAGAACGGAGAUGCCAUUCAUGAGAACGGGGAAGGAAACGCCAGAGCUCAAGACAGCUCAGUGAACGGCACACAUGGAGUGGAAAGCGAAGCCCCGUCCACCUCCUCCGGCAACAGCGAUGGCAGCACUGCCCCUGUUGUCAACGGCGACAUGGAGUCCACACCCACACACCAGACAGCUACGUCUACCACAGACCCUGCUGACAGAAGCGUGCCAAGUGCGACUGUUAAUGGGGAGAAUUCUGUUGAUGCUGCUUCAGGAGAGCUGGUGCUGCCCCCUGCUGGUGGAACUGAGGACGAGAACGAACCUGCCUCGACUCUCCCCUACACCUCCACCUCCUCUCCACACCAGCCUGCAGUCGUAUCCUCCAGCACUCAGCCCAGCACUGAUGCUGCCUCAUCUUCCUCCUCUUCUUCAUCUGCACCCAGUCAGGCAGUAGCUGCUGGUGGUGGUGCUGCUGCUUCAUCCUCCAGCUCCGCAGCAGACGCUGCUUCAGGCACCAGCACAGUCACAGAUGGAGCCAAACCUCGACAGCAGCCGCCCAACGUCAGCACUUCAGACCCUUUGCCCCCGGGGUGGGAACAGAGGAAGGACCCGCACGGCCGAACCUAUUACGUCGAUCACAAUACAAGAACCACGACGUGGGAAAGACCACAGCCUCUUCCUCCGGGUUGGGAAAGGCGAGUGGAUACCCGUGGCCGGAUCUACUACGUAGACCACAACACGCGGACCACCACGUGGCAGCGGCCAACCAUGGAGUCAGUGCGCAACUUCGAGCAGUGGCAGUCCCAGAGAAGCCAGCUACAGGGAGCUAUGCACCAGUUCAACCAGAGAUACCUCUACUCGGCUUCAAUGAUGUCUGCAGAAAAUGACCCCUUGGGUCCACUACCUCCUGGUUGGGAGAGACGUGUGGAUUCAAACGAUCGAGUGUAUUUCGUCAAUCACAACACAAAGACCACGCAGUGGGAAGACCCUCGCACUCAAGGGCUGCAGAAUGAGGAUCCUCUGCCUGAAGGCUGGGAGAUCCGUUAUACGAGAGAAGGCGUGCGCUACUUCGUCGAUCACAACACUCGCACCACAACGUUCAGUGACCCAAGAACCGGCAAGUCCUCUGUCACUAAAGGGCCGCAGAUCGCAUACGAGCGCAGCUUCCGAUGGAAACUAGCUCACUUCCGCUACCUGUGCCAGUCCAACGCGCUACCCAGUCAUGUUAAGAUCACAGUCUCUAGACAGACAUUGUUCGAAGACUCUUUCCAGCAAAUAAUGGCUCUGAAGCCAUAUGACCUUAGGAGAAGGCUGUACAUCAUUUUCAGAGGGGAGGAGGGACUCGACUACGGAGGCCUUGCCAGGGAGUGGUUUUUCCUCCUGUCUCAUGAGGUCCUCAACCCUAUGUACUGUCUGUUCGAGUAUGCGGGAAAGAGCAACUACUGUCUUCAGAUAAAUCCUGCGUCCACCAUCAACCCGGAUCACCUGUCCUACUUCUGCUUCAUCGGCCGCUUCAUCGCCAUGGCGCUCUUCCAUGGAAAGUUCAUCGAUACAGGCUUCUCCUUGCCCUUUUACAAGCGCAUGCUCAACAAGAAGCUCCUCCUUAAAGACCUGGAGUCCAUCGAUCCAGAGUUCUACAACUCUCUCAUCUGGAUCCGGGACAACAACAUAGAGGAGUGCAGUUUGGAAAUGUACUUCACCGUGGAUAUGGAGAUUCUGGGCAAGAUCACGUCCCACAACCUGAAACCAGAUGGAGAUAACAUCCUGGUGACGGAGGAGAACAAGGAGGAGUACAUCGGGUUAAUGGCCGAGUGGCGGUUCUCUCGAGGCGUCGAGGGUCAGACCAAAGCAUUUCUGGACGGCUUUAACGAGGUGGUUCCACUGCAGUGGCUGCAGUACUUUGACGAGAAGGAGCUGGAGGUGAUGCUUUGUGGGAUGCAGGAGGUGGAUCUGCAAGACUGGCAGAGAAACACUGUGUAUCGCCACUAUACCAGGAACAGCAAACAGAUCAUGUGGUUCUGGCAGUUUGUGAAGGAGGUGGACAACGAGGUUCGCUUGCGGCUGCUGCAGUUCGUCACGGGCACCUGCAGACUUCCCCUGGGGGGUUUCGCCGAACUCAUGGGGAGCAAUGGACCUCAGAAAUUCUGCAUCGAGAAGGUUGGCAAGGAGACCUGGCUUCCCCGGAGUCAUACAUGCUUUAAUCGCCUGGACUUGCCUCCGUACAAAAGCUUCGAACAGUUAAAAGAGAAGCUCCUCUUCGCGAUCGAGGAAACCGAAGGAUUUGGACAAGAGUAGAGAACUGUCUUCUCUUCUGCAGCGCUUCCGGCAGAACGAGGAAAAACAAUAACAAAAAAAAAAAACAUGAAAAGAAAAUUGCACAGAGAACUAUCAAUGUACAUAAGCUAUUUUGUCAUUUUAAACCAAAUCUUAAUCUGAAACCUCAUUUAGCAAUCUCCAUAACAUUAUUCCCCAUGAUUAUGCAAGCAUUUUAGCUUUUUUCUUUUUUUUUUUCCUUAUCUUUUAAAAAGCAAAAAUCUAAAUACAAUAAUGGUCUUUUUUUUUUUUUUUUUUCAAGGGGAUUGACACAAAAAAACAAAAAAAUCAGAGAAGGUUUUAUAAUUAAACCAUAACUACAGCUCUAGUUUUAUAGAGCUCUUAAAGAAUAAUUGUAGUGUUCCGUCUGGUGCCUGGGUUUUUUUUUUUUUUUUUCCCCCUCUUUUAUUUUAUUUUAUUUUAUCUUUAAUUGUGUUUGUGCUGCAGUUGCAUGGCUGUCUCUGGAGAAGGUUUGACCUUCUCCUUCUCCUCCUCCUCCCUCAACCCAUCCCUCCCCAAAAUCCACCAAUCUCCAUGCAGUAAAUCCGUUAUCCACAUGGCAUAUCAUCCAGAACCUCUGACAGUAUUGCAGUUGUCACUUUAGACCAAAAGUAUUUUUUUUCCCCCACUCUUUCUCUCUCUCUCCAGCUGCUGCAUAUUUAGCCUACACUUCUUAGAUAAAGAGUUUCCCAAGGAAAGGCUCACUUGCAUGUCCUGGCUGUUCAUUUACAUCGAGGGCUUUUUAAUCAGGUCUAUAGAUCCAUCAUUAGACUACCGUGGAGACCGAACUGAUCUUUUGUUAGCAUGUUUAGAGAAGAUAGAAGGCUGAGCGAAAACGUCCACCGUGGUUCACAUGGCGUUUAGGAAUCGAGUCACAAACGUUUUUUAAAAAAUUCGAUCCGAUUUUAUCCGAAGCAGAAACAAUCGCAGAUUCAUCCCAUCGUUGGGUUAGACCGAAACCGGUCCCUGUAGAUAGGAGACUCGGAAGUAUGUCAGAAUCCUCGUGUUCAUUCAGAUGUUUGUGGAGCUGACCACAAGUUCACUGUGGCAACAAAAUCACUGUGUCCUGAGCUGUGAGGAUUUGGAAUAUGAAAGGAAAACUCCAUCCUGAAUAAUUCGCUUAUUAACCUAAAUCAUGCACCUGAUUUUAUAACAGCAUCCCAAGAAUCCCAGACUCUUUCUUCCAUCAUUCCUAUUCUUAUUUCUUUCCCCUAAACUUGGGGGAGUAGGAACAGCACCAGUGGGGAUUUAUCCCUUGCUUCUUCAGCUGAAGAGAGCGAUGCGGUGGCGCUUUAAUCCUUCACUGCUCCCUCACUCAUCUGUACACUCUGCUCAAGCGGAUCUUUUUAUACGAGAUACUAGACUCGUCGUCUCAUAGACCACCCACCAGCCUUGGCGCCGAGGUUUGCACUACUUCUGAGGAUGUUGAAAAUUGUGAAGAGAGAUGAUCCUGCUCUUUUAUUGUAAGAAGCAAUACCGGAUCUUUAUCCCUCAUAUUAAACUGCAUAGCAUUGCUUCACUGUGACGCCAGACGAACCUCAAACUUCUCACAGAAAUGAUUUUUUAAAGAAACCUCCCAAAACAACACACCUUUCAGGAUGGACUUUUCCUUUCCGCAUAUCGGCCCUUAAUCGAUCACCAUGCAUUUGCUCUCGAGGAGCCGUGGGUUUGUCUUUGGCAUCAAGUUUUUGACGUGCAUGUGUGAGAGAACAGGCCUUAGAGGAUAAAUAAGCCUCUGGAGCCUGGAUGCCAGGCUUUCACAGCUCUACUCAGCUUACCUCCGUUUCCUUUCAUUUAUUCCUCACCCUUUUGUUUUUGUUUUUUGUUUUUUUCCAUCGACGAAGCGAAUACACACAGCUCGUGAACAACAGCUACAAUAGCGAACACUGAACAUUUUUCGACUGUGGAGUAUGAAGCUUGAAACCUAAAAAAAUGAUGUAACUAACGAACGACCCUCGGAGUUUAAGUGAGAAUGAGAUUUGGCCAUUUACAAAAUCCAUUGUACCCUCAUUUUAAAAAAACAACAACAUAAAAACAAGAUCUGAAAUGCCAGUAUGUGAUUAAUUGUGCAUUAGAAAUAAAGACAUUUUUUCUAUUUAAGCAAGAUAUAGAUUUUAAACACUUUUUUCUUUCUGCAGUACCCGGAUAAGACGAAGAGGCUUUGUUUAUUUUUGUGUGAAUGAAAUAAUUAGCGGUGAAUUUUCAGCAUCACUUAAAUCAUUUCUGUGCCCCAGGUGUCUGCUUGUCUUAUUUUAUUUGAAAUAAUGCAUGAACAUGUUUCACAGCUGAUCCUCAGACUUCAACUCUCUUUUUUUUUUUUUUUCUUUUUCUUUUUUUCUUUUUUUUUUCUUCUUCCGAAAUAGCAAAAUCUUCAUCUGGUGCUUUCUGCCACGUUGCUAGUGCAGGAAGAUGAUCACUGUCCGCUUAAACGAGCGAGUUUUAUCAGCAAGCUGCUACUGUUGUUUUGUGAUCCGUUUGGUCAUUACAGUAAAAAAAAAAACAAAACAAAUUCCUCACCACUGUUGCACAUUCAUUAAACUUUUAUAUAAUAAAAGUGCACUUCUCAUAGUUUGGUGAUAUGGGACAUGGACCACUUUGUCUUGGAAAGCAGUGGCUUAAACGCAGUGGUGGGCCGUGCACUUCACACCUAGGCCUUCACCGGUGUCCUUCCUGAAUUAAUCCACCUCUAUACCAUCAUUAUGACGCCACGACAAUAGAUACUAAUCAACCGUUAAAUAGCAAAGUAAAAAAGAAUUAGGCUACAGUAUUUCACACCUCACAAGGAAUAGUCAAUUUUAUUACAGUCUGCCUCGAAAAUGCAUUUGUAAGGAUGUCUGCGACCAAAUCCAUUUCUUCUGCCAUUGUGAGUUAAAAUAUAUAUAUUUUAUUUAGUUUGUGCGGUUUGGUGCCUCUGACUACUCCGAUUAUCCAAUCAAAGGACGGGUAAUUGUUGAUGUAAUCAUAUGCCUGCUAGAUGGCCCCAGUGACGCCAACUCGAAAUCUGAUUGGUUAAGGUAACAGUUUCAUCGCCACUUAUUUUAAGCUCCGGGCGCCUGCACUAUUGAUUCUGAAGGCCUUAAGGCAGAUUUCUCUCACCCUGGCAACACAUGAUGUCAGUCACUGGCUGAAAUAUGAUUGGAUAAACACUCAUCAUAAAUAUACACUACUGGAAGCAGCGCAUCCAAGAGAAAAGCUAUGAAAUGUAGAGAAUAGACUUGGGAAUAAUUUAAUACACAUUCAUGGAAAAAUAUAUUAAAUAUAUUAAAAUGCAAAUCAGUGAGUCAGAUCACUGCUGUUUAGACCAGCAGAGAAGGCCUUGCUGGUCCUGACGGCCCACCACUGCUUAAACGACAGCAAGAAAACCUUAUCACUGUGGCACUAUGGCCCUGUGCUACAGUCUGAACAAAUGAAGAAAGGAAUAAAAUGUUAGAGGCUUGUGGUUAUAGUGUAAAAAUUAUGUGAUGAUGAUUCACCACCCCAGGGUUAGAUUCUUUUUCUAUAACCUCAUAUCACUGAUGAUGUGAUUUACCAGCGAUUGCAAUUUUUACUUGCUUAACAAACAACAUGCUUUUUAAUGUACGAGCAUCCACAACUUAGUUGAUUCCCAUUAUCUCUAAUGUUUUAACAGCUUGACAUGUUGAAGAAAUUAAAUCUGGAAGAUUCUCCUGUAUAAGAAAAGCUACUUCCCAUUUUACAAAGCACUGAUACUGGAGAUUUCUCAUGUAUGUAAAUGAUAAAGGUCUGAAUAAUAAUCUAGAAAACCUGAA